AAUGUCAGUGCCUGGCCAUGCAUGGACCCCAUCACAUCAUUACAAUAAACACUCCAACAGCUUUCCCACACGCCCCCUCCGUGUCAACAUCCCACAGCUGAGCUCUGAGCGGGAGGGGGAAGCUCGGGUGGGAGGUCCUCCGUGGAGCACGUAACCCGCUUACAAAUGAACAUCGUGCCGGGGCCAAACUCACACGCUCUGCAUGCCACUUUCUUUCAGGCACCCCCCCACCCCUUUUUUCUUUUUUUUUGUGGGAGGCGUUGCGCAUCACCGCCGAGCCAGCCGCGGCUGCGCUCCCUUUCUCCAUUCCUUCCUUCUUUCUGCUCCACUUUGACGCACAUCGCUCGGCGGCUGUGCGCGGCAUCGCUGCCCAACUUGGCCAAGCGACACUGCGGCGUGGUGAUCGGAUCAGUCUCCUACUGGAUCCCCCACAAAGCCAUCUGCCAUGCCGGAUCUGCAUCGGGGGAGCUGCUCCUCUUCCUCUUCUUGUUGUUAUAAUAAACUCCGCUCGCUUGUGGCACAACCUCACCGCCAGGCUCGACAGGCAGCCCGGACCGUGAGCCUCCAUCAGCGGGCUUAUCAGCGGCAAUAAAAAAGAGGAAAAGGCAGUUUAUUGGUCACAGACAGCGCCUCUGCUCUCCGGACGGGCCGCCGCCGCCGUGCGCUGCUGUAAAUCAAGCCCGGAGCAUUGGAGGGAGCACCCGGGUGCAAAGACGAAUGGUUCGGGCAUGGUGCCCACACCCCAGGUGUGCGUCUCCACCCUGGUCACAGUGAGCACGAUGGCGGUGGUGGACCUCUAUCUGCUGGAGCAAAGCAUGCUGGGAGCUCGCGGGCUGCCGGGGCCCAGCGUGUGGCAGUGCGUGGCCGUGUUGCUGGGCGACGCGGGCUUCCUGAUGGCGCUGCGCUUCGUGUCGGCCGGGGUGGUGUCGGAGGCGCGGUCCCCCCGCCGCGGCUUCGCCAACGCUCUGUGGUUCUUGUUCCUGUCGCUGCUGCAGCUCAAGCUCUUCUUCGUCUGCCACAACUACAGGCAGGAGCGCCGGCCGCCCGACCCGCUCGCCAGGAAGGUCCUGACGCUCCUGCUGUCCAUCUGCCUGCCGUCCCUCUUCCUGAUCCUGACGGGCGCUGACUACAUGACGCCGCAGCGCAGGAAGCAGGAGGUGCGAGGUCGCCUCCUGUGGGUGGUGGUGGAUCUGCUGGACGUGUUGGAUCUGCAAGCCGGGCUGUGGGAGGCCCACGUAGGGUCGGCGGGCCCCGACCAACGGCUGCCCAUCUGGGCCGAGGGCUUGGUUUUCUUUUACUGCUACGCCCUCCUGCUUUUGCUACCGUGCGUGGCGCUCACGGAACUGGGGGCCACCAGCCUGCCGGGACAGAGAGGGCCCCGCAAGGAGGCUUUGUACCCUUGGCUCAGCCUGGUCACCAUCAAUGUUUUCACUCUGGGCCUGAGGGGCGCUGGCAUGCUGUGGUACAGGGACCCCCGGGUCUCCACCGUGUUCCUGGGCAAAAACAUGUUGGCGUUGGCGGUGAAGCUGAGCUCGGCCUGGGAGCGCCACAAGCAGGAGCGCGGUCCGGGCGGGGGCGGGGCGGCGACCGGAAGUCAAACCGAAGAAUCCACGCUGCCCAGUCAGGGCUCGGAGCAGGUGGAGGGCCAGUCUCAAGGCAAAACUUCCUCGGCUCAGUUUCACACGCUGUCUCGCUCGCAAAGCCACGCGCUCUCCCAAAUGAGCCCGGGACACACGGAGUCACCCUUGGCACCCUCUUUCAUUUCCCAUGAACUUUAGAUGCACUCGCGCGCACAAAUGUACAGUGUGCAUAAUCUAUGCACAGACGUGGCCAAAACGCCGACAAGCCAAACAGACGGACACGAUGGAUGUGACGCUUGGAUUUAUGCACACUUGGAGCACCGUGUUCGUUUGUGGACGUAAACAGUGAAUCGACUUUAAACCAGGUCGUUCAAGAAUGAACGUCUAUGUCUCCUCGUGCUCAUUCCUCCGCAAAUUACCGCUGUUGGGCGGAAACCUUGUCGGUCCAAAUGUUGUUUUGAAGGGAAGAACCGUCAAGAACCUUCUUGUCUGGUCAGGGGUCCUAACGCACGGCUUAUUUUAGACAUGUGAGGAUUCGGCCCGACAGCGAUGAUAUUUUUAGCCUAAUAGCAUAAUUGUCGAAGGCUUUUCCCCCCCAAUGUUUUCAGAAAACUAGAAUAAAGCAAACCAGUUCAUAAAACAAGAAGAGCCCAAUUGUUUGAUGAAUUACGAUCAACUGGAUGAACCUACGCUGAGAAAAACAAAAACAUUUUAACAAGCACAUUGAUCAUUUUUAUCGAUGCGGGUUAAGUUCAAAAUGGCAAUUAUGCUAUUAAGCUAACGCUAACGAUUUUCUGUGUGUCUUGGUUUUCUAACUUUUAAUGCUUUUUAAACUGUUGGGUAGUUGCAGUCAAAGUACGUAAUUGUGCAGGCAAAGGAACGUCCGCCGCAAUUAACUUAUUUGUCCAGCUAAAAAUCACAUUGUAUCAUGUCUCGUUGCUGAGGGAAAAAAAAAAGUGUGUUUUGCUAAAUCACUUUGUAUUGUUCGAAUUAAGAAAGAAAAUGAACGUCUUUGCGGAAACGGCAGAAUGAUCUCUUUUUUUAUUUCAGUCGCCGAGUGGGAUGGAGCGUCAGCUUGUUUGAUUGAUCUGUCGGCUAACUACCACGGUGCAGAAAUAAUUUAAGACCUCUCUUCUCAUGCCGUCCACGCAAAAGGACUGUUUAGAAUCGCUCACAAAAUGAGCUUGCUAGCCAUAUCUAUAUUUUUGUUUUGUUGCAAGUCGGUUCCAAUGAUUGGCCAAUGCUUAUUAGAAAUGCGGUCAUUAGGAAUUCAUCAAUCGUUUUUGUAACAGUUCUCAUCUAUGUCGGAUUAGACUUCCCAAUUAUCUUUUCUCUGCCACGAAAUAUGACAAGGCGAAAUUCACCACCUAAUCUCUUAUUAUAAUUAUUAUAUUAUCAGUCACUCACGGAUGUUCACUAUUGGCAGUAUAGGACUAAUUUGCGGGGUUGUCAUUUUUGGAUUGUCAUUUUUGGAAGCAUUAUGGCCUACAGCAGUAGAGCGGACGGGGAAGAUCGUCGGCGGUUACCAAGGCCAGACCGUGGUCAGCUCUACGCCUCGAGGACCGAAUGAAUUCUGACAAAAAUAAAAUGUUUCAUCAUGCUCGCCUUGGCACAUUGUGGCGCAUGCUGCAGGCACAUAUCUGCGAGUAUUGGCAACCUGUCAGCUCCACACAAAAAGGAGGCACUUGAAAUAAUUCAAGGCCAAUAGAACCUUCAAGACCAAUAAGGGCCUACUUGCUUGCACUUCCUGAGCUCUAUUAAAAGUCAAUCAGAGUCCAUUUGGUGGCACACAAACACACACACGGUCACAAACAAUGGCAAGCAUAUGAAACAGACAUGAUGAGCACACAAAGAGAGCCCGAAACACAAAUGGACACACAUAAGCAUCCCAGCCAAGAUGUAAAUACAACGUGCAGGGAAAAAGCCGCUUUUAUUUCCCCGGCGGAAUGUCGCGCUAACAAAAGGCCGACAUUCAUCACAAUUAUGCCGGCGAAUCCUUUCGGAAUGCUCAAGUGUGCUCUCGCCUUUAGGUGAAAGGCUGCAGACAAAGGUCUUGCCGCCAUCAUGUCAAGUGCACUGCCGGCACCUCUUUGAGCCUCCCAUUAGGAUCAAGUGGGGCCAUUUGUCACAAUAUGGGCACUCUUUGUCUCACCGCUUGCUUUACAAGCCACGCUCAUGGCACAUACUUAGACUAAUGGACACACGGGUAUCCAUGGUGGGAAUUUCUUUCGUUUCAGAGGCAGGGGCGGAGCCUGAACUUUUUCACUGGGGUGACACAAGGACUCACUAAAGGAGAGCAGUAAGAUGACAUUCACACGCCAAUUGUGUUCAUCAACAGCACCCAACUGGAGUCAACCCUGUUUGUGUCAUCCAGCUCGCUCUCCAUUUCAAUAAAUUUGAAUUCCAUGCGUUC